AUGUGGAAGGUGUUUUAUCAAAUAGCUUCACUUACUUGUCAGAUUGUUCUCUCCAGUCUCUCUACUUUUCAGCACACAAUGAUAAUUCGUUAUCGAUCGUUGACAAUUCCAACUGAUGGUGAAAAUACAUAUUGUUCUUGUUUGUCCAAAUAUCAGAUGGGGAUUUUCGAUUCAUUGGUUCGGAGAUUCGCUUUUGAAUCACAAUUGCGCGAUGACAAGAUGUGUGUUUCACCCAUUCAGACUAGGUGGAUAACAGCUGGCUCUAAUCCUUUCAUCAGCUUCAGCUUUUUAAAUGAGAAUGCGAACCCUGAAGUCUCUCAUUUUGCAUCUUUUGUUUAUCAAGAGGCUAAACGUGCCAUGUUCGGGAUCAAAAAAUACUCUAAUAAUGAUUCAGAACCGUUAGUUGUAACAUGGCCACAACGGAAGGAUGGCUUUACAUAUCCCACUGCUAUGUGUUCUACUUUUUCGAAAACCCCUUUGAGUUUGUCUCAUGGACUGGCUGACAGCCGUCGCCAUAUAUUAUCUUCCGGUGUCGCUAUUUCACCUGACCAUCAUUGGUUAGCGAUUCCCGAUAGUCUUGGAAGAGUUCUUCUUGUGGAUGCUUAUAAAGAGCGUGUUGUACGUAUGUGGAAGGGUUACAGAGAUGCUGAAGUUGCUUUUCUUGAAGUAUCUGACUCUGAAACUCCAUACACUGGCUAUCGUAAUAAACCAAAUAAUUCUGUUAGAAAGACACUUUGUCUAUUAAUCCAUUCACCGCAUCUUCAUUCAUUGGAACUUUGGUGUCUCAUUCAUGGACCACGUAUUGUUUCAUGGGAUGUUGUAGAACCAGUUCGCCUUAUUCAAACUGAGCGUCAAAAUUACAUAAAUACUACUAAAUCAAAUGAAUUCAAUUUAAAUUACUAUCAAGUGGUUUUACUUGACUCAUCUGGAUCCAUUUAUACAAUUGGCCUAAACGCAGGCCUGUGUUUAUCAGAUACUAAUACAGAAGCAGCUGUAGACUACCAAGAAUAUAAAAUUCUUCAGAAACUCUAUAAAACCUUGGAACAAUAUAGUAAUAACUUAAUGUCAGAUCUGUGCUGUUCCUAUGUAACUGAUCUGUUGGUCGAAUUCCGGACAACUCACUGGUUUCAAAGAGCACUUAAUUAUUUACUAAGUUAUCCAGAUCUUAAUCCCCAAAUGAUUUUGAACGUUGUAACACUGUAUAUACAGUUACUGGAAAAAGGCAAUAAUACUAAUACUCAGGUGAAUAAAAUAAAUGUUAGGAUUUGUUCAAAUGUUAAGGAUUUAGUCGAUUUCUAUCUUCAGUUUUAUUCAUUAUAUGAUAAUACAAACGAAGUUAAGAAGUUGGAAUUCACCGAAACAUCACAUAGAACAUGUGUAGAGUUUCUAGCUGAUCUUCUAUGUUGUGAUCUUGAAGAUGCUGAGCACUGUUUACAGUUGUAUACUGUUUGUGGUUCAAUUCUACCUAGUAGUUCUAGUUCUGUUGGGAAACCACUUUCUAUACAAAUGUUUCUUAAUUCAUUCCGAUAUGCGUUCAUUUCAAAUAAUGAAAUUGAAAAUGCGUCCCAAGAUUCACCAGAGUAUAAAACUAAAUGUGCGAAACAGUGUCACCUACCAAUAAUUCGUUCAGAUAAUUGUCGUAAAACACUAACAGAUAUCGGGUCAUUUAUUUUUAGACCUUAUAUCAAUGGUUUACAAAAUUUUACUUCUUUCCAAACAAUUAUUGAAUUAUCUGAUUUGGAUCCUAAAUUACUCUUGUUCUCUUUCACCUUGUUCAUGUUGAAUGAAGAUAACUACUUAAAUUUACCAAUUUUAAUUGAUCGAAUACAUCACAUGUAUUGUUAUAUAAUUUAUCGAAUUCUAGUUGAAUUAUUAUCGUUACCACCUGAGGAAGUAAAAGAAGAUGGAGAUGAUGAUGGUGAAGAAAACAGAGAUCAGGAAAAAUGCAUGAGUGGGGAUUUAAAAAAUGAAAUAAAUUUUCUUGAUUUUCUUGAUAUAAAAUAUACUACAUCAAAACAGCCUUAUUUAAUGUUAUUCGAAUUAACAUUUAAACAAAUAUACAGUUACUGUUUGGAUAGUUAUCAUUUAUCAUCUGCUUAUUUAAUUGCAUUAGUAACGCGUUGUAUACUCUUGCAAAUAUGGCAAACAUUUGAAUCGGAAGGAAAUAUUUUGAAAGUUUUAUAUAAUUAUACACAACGCCCAGACUUCACAUUACACAGUCCUUUGGAAAAGUUCAAUGAAAUUGGUAAUGAUUCUCCUAGUCAAGAACUUGAUUUUAAGAAAAAUACAAUUGAUUCUGAACUUCAUUCUUUAAAAAUAUCAUCAAAAUUGUUAGUUUAUUUGACGUCAAAUUUACAACAUCUCGUUGAUAAAUGGCAUCAAACUUGCGCUCAACUUGAAGAUAUAUUAACUGUUGGACUGAUUCUGUUAUGUCCGAUAAAUCCAAAGAAAGAGCUCCAAGAUUCUCAUCAUUCUCAUCCAUAUGUUUUUCAUUUUAAUUUGCGAUAUGUUUUAACUCAUGGUCGUUCCUAUUUAACUGGUGUAUUCUCAUCCUGGAUUGUAAAAAACAACAUUACACCUGAACAAGUUUUGAGUUUUUAUCAAAGGAUCUGUGCAAAAUCAUUACCAGUUGAAGAUGAGAGCGCAAACGAUUUAAUCACUUGUGAUUCAGCUCAUAUUAGACAAGUCAUUUUCUCACUGGCCUAUAAACGUCUUCCUUUCACAUUGGAAUUAGAUACUAUUCUAUCAACUGUUUGUUGGAUUCAUUUUCAAUGUUGGCUUAAUAAACUAGAAUAUAUAAAUCACUUGAUAUCUUGCAUUGAAUUUAUCAGUCGAUUUAGUUCAGCUGGUACAAUGAUUGCUCAGGGCUUAGGAACAAUGAUAUGGAAUAAAGGUCUCAUAAAUUGGAUUAAACCGAUUCUGGCUAUUGGAAGGGGUGAUAAAACACUUGAUAAAUGUCGUGAUAGUUUUCCACAUAUAUUGGAUGUAGCCGUAUGCUUAAUUGAUUUCUUUCGAAUAUAUUCGAAUGCUUGCCAACGUGCUGAAGUGGUACCAGUCUUUUCAGUAGAAUCUGAAUGGAGUGACUUCGACACUUGUAAUAAUGAUAAACCUUUUCCAUUCAAUGACAAAGCAUUUGAGGACAAAUCGUCUGUGGAUUUAGAUGCUCAAUCUCCAAUUUUUGAUGACAAUGCUGCAAAGAAUAUGUUUACUGAGGUCUCAACUGGUGAUUCAUGUAGAAAAUGUUUAGUUCAAGAUGCUGUCAAUCAACCUGUUCCUAAUAUGCUUUCAAUAAUUUCAUGGGAACAACUUAUUAUUGUUGCAUCAUCUUUCAUCACAUUCGGUAGACCUGAGAAAUUUGACAAAUCUAAUCGACAAACAAUCGAUAUGAAAUUCUAUUCACCUAUUGACUUUUUCCCAUCACAAGAUUUACAUAUGGUAUUGUCACCUGAUAAUCCAAACUGGGUUAGCACAGGUGUUGGAAACAAUAUUGAUGAUGAUUUAGUAAUAAGGCGACGCUUUUUCCUCUAUUGGUUAAUUGAAAAAAGUGUUGCACGUCUUUCAUUGUUACCUAAUUCACAACGUUGUGCAACUCCAUCAUUCAUUACAGACGAAAAUAUAAUCUGUUCAGUUAAUUAUCAAUCUGAUUGCCCUUUUAGAGCUGUAGAUAUUUAUGAUCGAUUUAGUUCUGCUGCCUUUACUUUGGCUAACCAUUGGGGUUUUCCAAAAGAUACUGUAGUUAUACAACAUAUAGUAUCCUUAUUUGAAGCUAAUCUAGAUGAUCAAGCUGAGCUUUUUUUAUCAAAAGUUCAAGACCCUAGUAAUUUGGCUGUCCGAUUAUUAUUCAUUGUGGGACGUCGUGUAGCUGAUCGAUGUUAUGGUCCAGGAUAUAAUAAUACAAAACAACGAUUACGUUUACGCGUAUUCAUUCCACUGACAAUUGAAGCAUGGCUUCGUGGUCUAUUACCACCGAUUUCAAGUUUGCCUGAUAGUCAACAAAUUAAUGAUCAUGACUCUCAAUUCACUUCAUCUACAACAGACCUGACAAGAUUGACAUUUCUUAUUGACUAUGUAAUACAACAUCUACCACAAUAUGCAAGUCAAUUGCCUAUAGCUGAAGAACUACGAGAUAUUAUUCAAGCUAUUGUACAGUUGGAUACAGAAUAG